AUGGACGUGGAUGACCUAGAGUUGCUUGCCACGGUCGGCGCCGGCGUCUCGCUGGCCCACCGCUCUGCGAUGCAGUCGUCGCUGCCGCUGCUCCGACGCAACUACAAGCUCUCCGCCGUCCGCGCGUGGGGGAAGCUGAGCGGGCGAACGGGCGACUACCUCAUCGCCUCUGGCAUCCGCAGCUCGUGGUCGGAGGACAAGAUCUUCUUCUUCUGCGCUGACGGCGUCUCGUGGGCGCAGCUGCCGGUGCUGAGCGAUGAUGAGUCGGCCGCGUGUGCCGCCAUCACCGGCGGGCUCGAAGGCGACAUCGCGCACGUGUUACAGGGCGAGCUGCGGGAGGAGCACCUGCUCGUGUACAUGGUGCAGCAAAUCGAGUCCGACGCAGCGGUCGCCCCCACCGGCGCCCUCGUCCUCCACCCUUCGGGCGGCGCGGUGCCCAACCCGGCUUUCGCCGGCACGCCCGAGGCGGGCGGCUGGGUGGCGCUGGGCAGGCGAAAGCCGCUCGACCCGCUCCGUUCGGCGAGCGAGAACCGGGCCGACUUCCUGAUGCCCGCCGAGGACACCCUGCCCAAGGGUGGACUCGUCUCGCGAGUCGACCCGGCCACGGGCGCCACCAUCCUGCGCUCGCUCGUCUGGCCAGGGUUCUUCGCCUUUAGCAAGGGCGCGCGAUACGGCUACUUUUACUGCGGCGACGGGGCGAAGAAUGCGGACGUCGCUCUGAUGCUGAGCUGA